AUAAAAGGCUUAAAGCCAACACUCUUCUAACUAUCUUUCCCUCUCAAUAUAUAUUUUGGUUUUGUUUUAUGCUUGUAUAGCUGGUCGUCUUUUUCUUCUUCUUCAUCAGUGUUUCUUUUCUUGUAAUAAACUCUCAACCCCUUAUUUGCACUUAUUCUCUUCCUCGGUUUCUUCGCUCACUCCUUUAUAUAUAUAUAUAUAUAUAUAAUCAGAAUGGCUGCUGCAGUAUUUCACCAAGCUAUUGGGACUCCUUACUCCAGUCUUCAUCACGAGUUUAGGGAAAAUUCAUUGCGAUUGAAUUCAAACAGUUUCAGGCUCGAAAUUGGAGUGUCAAGAAGAGGAUGUCAUCGCUCUGACCAGAGGAAUUUUUGUGUAGUUCAAGCCUCAACAUCUCAAACUUCAGUGUUUGAUCCAGUUUCAUCCCCCUCAACUAACAACACCAAUAACUCCAAGAAGAAAUCAAAUGAAACGGCUUUGAUUCUGAUGCGGCAUGGUGAGUCAUUAUGGAAUGAAAAGAACUUGUUCACAGGUUGUGUUGAUGUGCCACUAACCAAGAAGGGUGUGGAAGAAGCAAUUGAAGCUGGCAAGAGAAUCAGCAAUAUACCUGUCGACAUGAUCUAUACAUCUGCACUGAUUCGUGCUCAGAUGACUGCCAUGCUUGCCAUGACCCAGCACCGUCGCAGGAAGGUGCCAAUAAUCAUUCAUAAUGAGAGUGAACAGGCAAGGAUAUGGAGUGAAAUUUUCAGUGAAGAUACCAAAAAGCAAUCCAUUCCAGUCAUAGCAGCUUGGCAAUUAAAUGAAAGAAUGUAUGGAGAAUUACAGGGCCUCAAUAAGCAGGAGACGGCAGAUAGAUAUGGGAAGGAACAAGUUCAUGAGUGGCGUCGCAGUUACGAUAUUCCUCCUCCUAAUGGCGAGAGUUUGGAAAUGUGUGCUGAAAGAGCUGUUGCAUAUUUCAAAGAUCAAAUUGAACCCCAGCUUCUGUCAGGAAAAAAUGUAAUGAUUGCCGCCCAUGGGAAUUCAUUGAGGUCCAUCAUUAUGUAUCUUGACAAAUUAACUUCGCAAGAGGUUAUCAGUUUAGAACUAUCAACUGGAAUACCCAUGCUUUACAUUUUCAAAGAGGGAAAAUUCAUUAGGAGGGGAAGUCCUGUAGCACCUACUGAGGCAGGAGUUUAUGCUUAUACUAGGGGUUUAGCUCAAUACAGGCAGAAGUUAGAUGAUAUGUUUCAUUAAUUUGCCUUGAAGUAUAGUGGCUUUACCUGUUGUUUGUUUUUUUUUUUUUUUUGAUGGGAAGACUGAGAAUUAAUAUUGCUCAAAGACGGGGAACAAAAACAUCAUAUAGAAGAGCUUGUUCAAUAAAACAAGGAUUCUCCUCUAUCCAAGUAGAAAAAUCCGCAAUGCCUAAGGCAUGAUUUGCUAGUAGGUGGGACAUAAUUAGAGUACAAAGGCAAGAAUUGUUCUUGAUACUGUUACAUAUGUAAGAGCCAGCUGCAUGAAGUAUGUAUCCGUACAGUUUACAAUUAAUAGGUCAGAAAGCUGGCUGCUAUUCCUGUGUACUUUUUGGAUGUGUGAUCAAGCCUAGAUUUACGUUCCUGUGGCAGAUGUGUGGAGACAUAUAGGUCUUAUAUUUAUUUUUUACUUCUUAAACCCCAAUGUUUAAAUUGUAUUGGCAGACCUGAAAUAAGAAUAUCAUUUUGGCACUA